CAUCAAUCGACUCACCAAAGCGCCAAUCGACACCUCAUGGGCGUGAGCGUAUCAUCCGGCGCCCCAACACCCAUCAUCGUGAUCAGCGCUUGGAUUGGAUUGGAUUGCAAGAGAGAGCUGGAUUGGUAAUUCGCCUCGCGCCCCCCGUCCGUUCUCCUUCUUCCACUUGCGUCGACUUCACCGUUGCCCAUUUGGACCUCAUGUAGAACGACGACAGACCCCCCGACGAUCAUGUUUGCGUAUUCCACCACGGCACCACACUCCGACGACAAUAUAGCUUUCGCCAGGAGCAGAAGGAAGCCGGCUUCGUUCUACACACGAAACCCCGUGCCUUGAACAUACUGAGCCAGACAAGGCUGAAUCGCAAUCAAGAUGCCUGGGCUACCGGCAUCUGUCGACCUGGACGAAUGCAUAUCCCGACUCUACAAGAAGGAGCUCCUCGCCGAGUCCGUCAUCGAGGCGAUAUGCGCCAAGACGAAAGAACUGCUCAUGCGCGAAUCCAACGUGGUGCACGUCCAAGCGCCCGUGACCGUUGUGGGUGACAUUCAUGGACAGUUCUACGACCUCAUUGAGAUAUUCAAGAUUGGCGGUUGGUGCCCAGACACGAACUACCUCUUCCUGGGCGACUAUGUGGAUCGAGGAAUGUUCAGCGUAGAGACUAUCAGCCUUCUCGUGUGCCUGAAGCUGCGAUAUCCCAACAGGGUACAUCUGAUCAGGGGCAACCACGAAAGCAGAGGCGUCACGCAGAGUUAUGGCUUCUAUACCGAAUGCAGUAGGAAAUAUGGGAAUGCGAACGUUUGGCACUACUUUACCGACAUGUUCGAUUUUCUGACACUGAGCGUGGUCAUCAACGACCAGAUAUUCUGCGUCCACGGUGGACUCAGUCCCAGUAUACACAGCAUCGACCAAAUCAAGAUUAUUGACCGUUUCCGAGAAAUUCCACACGAAGGACCCAUGGCGGAUCUGGUGUGGUCAGAUCCAGACCCGGAGAGAGACGAGUUCUCACUUUCGCCAAGAGGAGCAGGCUAUACAUUCGGCGCCAAAGUGGUCAAGAAGUUCCUCGCAGUCAACGGCAUGUCACAUAUUCUGCGCGCGCAUCAACUGUGUCAAGAAGGCUUCCAGGUGCUGUACGAUGAUCACUUGAGCACCGUCUGGAGCGCCCCGAAUUACUGCUACAGGUGCGGUAAUAUGGCUAGUGUGCUCGAGGUUGGCGACACCGGAGAGCGGUUCUUCAAUGUCUUUGCGGCAGCCCCCGAAAAUGAUCAGGUCAAGGACCUGCAGCCAGGAGGAGACAAGUUAGAUGGUAACGCACUUCCGGACUAUUUCUUGUAGACAACGGUCAGAAGAGAAGUUGUGGGAUUGAGGGCUCAGCGGAACUGAGCAGAAACCCAAAAUCUAUGCCACUGUACUGGCAUCUGCAAAAUCACGUUCUUUUUUUUUUGCCCUGUUAUGUAUCAUAGCUAAUGGUUCGACGCGUCACGAAAUCGUACCUAGAAAUGAAUGGAAAUACCCAGUUGUUUUUGCGCACCAGAUUCUACGUCGACAUCUCAACGGCCCGGGUUGGCAAUGGACUUCGGUGAAGUUCGAUAGUAAGAAUGAAUAAAAUUUUCGUCUCAGCGACUCUGGGCUGGGUUGGGAAACAAAAUUUUGGAAACAAGGAAAGAAAACAAAACCCCUAUAAUAUAUCCAUCUCUGCCUUCAGAGAAAAUCGAACUCACCGCGUAUCAGAGGAAGCGAUCUGGAAUUAAAUGCGCUGCCACUGUUGCAAAGAUAAAAUCAACUGUUCCGAAUGGUGAACGAA